GAUUUGAAACACACCAACAGCUGACGACCUGGUUCAAAUUAACACAAACAAUAAGAAAUGGUAUUUUUACGACUGAAAACACAAUGUACCGGUAGCUUACAAAAUUUUAAAAAUUUCAACUCAAAGUUGUAAUACUUUGAAUACAUUAUCUGUGAUGCCUUCUUAGACGACGCACACGAUAUAAUUGAGAUCAGCUGAUGCUGGCUUCUUAGACGACGCACACGAUAUAAUUGAGAUCAGCUGAUGCUGGCUUCUUCUCCGUGUACACUGUUCUGAAAACUCACCGAAAUAAAUGAGUCAUACGGCCAGCCAGCCAUGUUGAAAGUUCACUUCCGGCCCAUUAUUUUCUGGGUCAGUCUGCUGUAUGUACUAUCUGACACGUUAAAAAAUGACGAGACGAGUUACUUAACACCCAACCAUCAACUUCCAUGUCUCCACACAACUACACAGUCCACUGGAAGUCUCUAUGUGUCAGAGUUUACAAAGAGAAACGUCACUUGCGUCUGGAAAAUCAAUGUUACAAAUGCUGAUUCUAUCAGAGUUGUCAUUGGUUACAACAUGGCAUCCACAGUUCCGUUCAGAGUUCUCUUCUACGACGAACCUCCGAAAGAAGACAGUCUCCUCCUUACUGUCUGGCGCAUCGGAGAUGGAAGACAUGUGCUCACUUUUCCAGGAAACCAGCUGUGGAUAAUAUGUGCUCACCAAGACCUUGACUUUCUUGGUGUAAGUCCAGAUCCUCGCAUAACGCUGUCUUACCUUGCAAUCGUUGAUGGUACCGACAUGACCUGUGAUAACUCGGACAUUAUACUUUUAGACGACUUGCAAAAAAAGGUGGGUCACAGGCGACAUAUCGUUGGCCGCAACACAUUUGGGUCAUUUGCAGAGCUCGUCUGUGAUAAGGGAUUUGUUCUUGGGAAUGGGAACGGUCGUCUGCAAUGUUUGGCUGGAAAUGGCGGGUUGGCCUGGGCAUCAGACGGGUCAACCUGUGAUACGGUAUGUAAGCACCCACGAAAUACCCCCAACGCAAAUAUCAGCCUUCAGAUUGGCGGGCAACAAAGUCUGGACAGUGAACCUAUGGUAGACAUGGAUCAAAAAAUCUUGCCGACUGAUGAAAGAGACGCUCAGAUCCGAUCAGUUGCGGAAUAUACCUGUGAAGAACCAUAUUACCCGAAGGGGGAGGAUAGGAUACAUUGUGGACCUGACGACCAUGGGAUCCCGACCUGGUCUGGCCCACCCCCAUUGUGCGUUAUCCCAGACUGCUCCGAGCCAUACAUACUGACACGGUCCACUGGUUCCAUAGUCAACCCGUCUCAUCCAGGUGGGCGCUUCCAGAGUGGGUCUGUGGUUUGUACGUGGGAAAUCAUUGCCCCAACUGAUGGAUAUGUCAGCCUGACUGUCAGAUAUGUCGAUCUCCCUGCUGAUGAGGGCGUGACUCUGAGCGUUUUUGACGCCGCGAGGCCACGCCCAGUUCAACUCCUACGUUUAACUGGGCAUUCAGACGUUGUAUCAGUGAACAGUGUGACGUCUCGGGUACUCGUGACGUACCGAGGUCCAUCUAAUGACGUCAUUAAUCACAAGGGAUUUUAUGUUGACUACGUCAUGAAAACAAAACAGCUGCGCAUUAAGCGGAACAUUGACCUUAGUGACGUCAGACAAGCAGAUGAUGACCUUAGUGAUGUCAGACAAGCAGAUGAUGACCUUAGUGACGUCAGACAAGCAGAUGAUGACCUUAGUGACGUCAGACAAGCAGAUGAUGACCUUAGUGAUGUCAGACAAGCAGAUGAUGACCUUAGUGAUGUCAGACAAGCAGAUGAUGACCUUACGUUACACGUUGAUGACAACAGCGAUAACUGGAUCAGUGCAGCAUAUGUGACAGUCGACGAAAACUACGAUGUAUCUUUGGCAACCAAUGACAAAUCGCCUGACACAUCGCCUGACACAUCGCCUGACACAUCACCUGACACAUCAACUCUAGAAAACGUAAGUGAAGGAAAGCAAACGAAAAGUCACUUAACAAAAAUAGAAUUUUGUCUUUCUUUUGUUCCCACACAAACAUACCCCACAAUGACACGCCACACACACAUACCACAUUCAUAUAUACACACAAAACUCUCUUACACACACACUAACAUUAACUGAUAAGUAUACAUUAGUAGUGAUUUAGGGUGAGCUAUUUGUGUAACUCUGUCGUCAAUGGAUUCAAUGAUUUAGAGAACGAGUCACAACUCCCAAACAUGUAACAAAGCUGGGAACUCUUGUGGAAAGAAGUCUUUGUUAAUAACAUGUGUCCCAUAAGUGAUCCCAGUCUUGAUUAAACCAAUAAGCCGAGUAGGCUCGCCCCAGUCCCUCAGUCCCACAAAUCUGUUUAGUAGCCAGGGCAGUGUGAAAGUGAGUGGGCAAUAGGCAUCCAAUGCGGUCGCCAUUUUCAGAAGGUGCCAGAAUAUUUUUUAAAGCAAACUAUGCGUAUGCAUUUAUCCAUUUUGUGGAAGAGGUCACGUUAAUUAAGGGUUUUCCCCAGGCUUCACUUGUGCUUGCCAAUAGGACCUUCAAAACGUAUACAGCCACUGUCUUAAUUUAUUUGUUAUAUAUGUAUUCCGUUUGUCUCUACCCUGAGAUGGUCGUUGAAGCUCAUUCGACUACUUGCAGUUUUCUCCCUUUCGAUGUCUCCUCCUCCAUCCAUGUGUUCUAAAGUCUUUGUGAACAUAUUCACAUCUUUGCUGCCUUUGUAAACCUUUAUCUGGCACAGUAGGGCUCGCCUGGUCAUAGACACAACAACAGAUCAUCAAUAAACUAGACAUGUGUCUUAUUCCAUGUGUCUUACUCCCUGUGUUAUUAUCCCUAUAUCUUCCUCCCUGUGUCAUUAUCCCUGUGUCUUACUCUUUGUGUCUUACUCCCUGUGUCUUUUUACAUGUGUCUUGCUCCAAGUUUCUCACUCCUUGUGUCAACCACCCUCUUCCUUUAACGUGGCUGUGCCUGUACUGUCAGUUGUUAACUCUUAAGACACACAUCCUUUAUUUGACUGAGAGCCAUUUGAAAUUGACACAUUUUAACUUAAGAUUUGUGUUCCCUCUCAUUUAGGUGAUGGCGAGCUCUACUUUGUCCACACUACUUACCACAGACGGAUUACCAUCUGACGUUGCCACACAAAAUCUUGCCUCAACUGUACCAGCUUCCCUUGCUCAACAAGUCGAUACAUCGUAUGCACAAACCGUCAGUACUUCAGGUCGAAAAGCCGAUACACCGCCAAGUCCCAUCCCACAAUAUGUCCCCACUGACACACCAGUUGAUCUGACCACUGAUGAAAUUGAUAAUGGGGAAAUAACAACAGAAGUAACCACAGAUAAAACUGAUAAUGGAGUAAUUACGCCGGGAAAAGUGACCGAUUUUAUUGGUAGAGGUGAAAUUACACAUUAUCCAGUCACACCGCUUGCUAAAAAUCUCACCGCUCCCGUCCCGGAUGACUCUAAUGACGACUGGAAGAUUGCAGUAGGUGUUGUGAUCCCGCUGUUAAUUCUCACGGUGGCGCUCUCCGUGGGCUACUACUGCUACAGGAGGAGGUACCCAGUGCGGAUGAUCAUAGGCCGGGAGUUCGGGAAGUUCAGCAACCCGACCUACAGUCGAUCCAAGCAGGUGAUAUCGCUGGUGCGUGACGAUGCGGAUGACUACUUUGCCCACAGGUCGACAUCGACGCUGACCCUCGACGAGAUGAACCCGGUCAACAGGAACAUCAGCUACGACAACCCGGCCUUCGUGGCAGACGAGAGGGACGGCCGCGACAACGACGAAGAGGAAGAGAGAAGAUUCCGGGAGAAGAAAGCCUGGCUGUUCAAGAAAGACGCUGAGGUCUCAGAAGCUCAUCCCGUAAAGGAUUCCGAAGGUAAAACGCAUUCACGUGGUUCAGAAAUAGAAAUUCCGGGAGCGGGAAGCGAGGGUUUUAAGAACGCUGAAGAGAUCCAAAUGACGCCAAUGGCUUUGCCGAGGAAAAAGAAACUGGCAAGAGCUCGUUCUGUUAGCAUACUCACUGACACGUCGAUUGAGUUGCAAGUUUCAAAAUCAGAAACGUCUUCUGCGAGCAGCGAGGAAGUAGAAGCACCGUUGAAGGAGGAUGCUUAUCCCAGGUCCAGCUCAAACCCAACACUUGAGGAUACGGACGGGACAGAAAGUGACUACAUGAAAGUCGCUAAAAUGAUUUUCGAGCAGCCGUCCUACGAAGAGGUGUGCGCUGAGUACAAGGCGAGGUCAAGGUCGAUGAGCUUGGACCGAGCUCCACCGGAAUCAAGAAUGAGGAGUUACAGCGUCGAUCCUUUCAAGUCAGCUCGGAGGCAUUCACUCCGCGGGGAGGUGAUACAGUUAGAGCAUUGGAGGAACAUCGCCAACGACACUAAUUUGCCGCGAGGAACGAUAAUCGCUGUGUUAGACAGUGAGAAACUCGGACAAUCAGGCAAGUCCAUCUCAUCAAUUAUAAGCGAGACGCCCAUCAUAGACGUUAGUGUCCUGGAUAGCCUACCAUUUGAAGCCAGGGAGCGGUGUUUGUCAUUCGACUCCCUCAACAGCAACCCCCACCUGGUGACGGACCUGGAUGACGUCAGUACCGGAAGUAGCGCUCAUGACGGCGAAGAAAAUGGCAAAGGUUUCACUGCCGGAAAAGUUUUCUUUUCCUCCACAUCGAGUGAUUCAUCGGACGGCAAUAACUUUGAAAAGCGUUUUCCUCAAGGCGCUGACACAGGUUCAACAGAAGAUGAACGGUUCUCUGAUCCCAUCGCCACAAAUGAAUCACUUUCUGAAGACAUUUUUGUGACAGAUGACGACAUCAUUUCACCGCUACCGAAGAAUGAAGAGUUCAAAAGUGAUCUAUUUUUCUUCCCAAAUGCUUGUAUAUCCGUAGAUGAGAACACAGACUCCAUGAAUGUUGUAGAAAGUACAACUGACUCACGUUCGUCUCUGUCAACUCUUAACAUUUCGUUAACUCCAGAGAAGGACGACUUUGAUACUUCCGAAAAUAAGUCAACAAUUUUAAAUUUUGGCGGCGUCUCUGAUUUUGAGAAAUAUAAUGAGGAAUUAGAAGACAAUCGUCCGAUAAAAGACAUAGAGAGUUCAUCUUCGUCUAGUUCGUCUGGCUCAGAGAGUUCGAAAUCCUCCAGAAGUAAUUCAUCAAGCGAUGGUGAAGAUGAGCUUCAUUCAUACAGCUUCACUCAGGAGAAUCAUGAAACACAAAUGUCACAAAAUGUGGGCGGUGUUGGCGUGGAGCGGGUGAGUCUCAACAGUGAGACCGACAGCCUACCUCCACCGUUACCCGUCACACCACCACCGAUGCAACAAUCACCCGUCCUAGGUCUAGUUACCGCAAGGCCUAUAACUUUCUCAGCAGACGAUGACUCCAAUUACUUUCAGUUCCCACCACGAGACGCCAUGACAGGGUCUAGGCAAAUUCCCGGAGAUCUACUAACCGAUAAUUCCAGUGAUAGUACAGAUCUGGAGUUGAAUCCACGAAACGAAAAUAUCGGUUCCUCGAUACUCCACCAAGUGGAAGGCGCCUCAAGGGACAACAUCGUUCACUUACAUGACUUUGAAAGGGGUGAUGAAAGCGAUUACGAGGCCAGGGAAAAAAUCCUUGUUGAAGAUAUAUCCCAGAUUUUAGACAGCAGUGCAGACGAAGACAAUGCAAGUCGACAGUUGCGUAUUCGGAGUAGCUUCAGUGGACCCGUGAAUUCAGAUCUUGGAAAUGCAGGAACUUUCGUCUUGACAGCUGAAGAUGAUGCGAAUGACGACAUAGAUGUGUAAUAAGUGUUGACAGCCGAAUAUUGUGCGAAUGACGACAUAGAUGUAUAAUAAGUGUUGACAUUUUAAAUAUAGCGGACACUGUUUCGAUGCUGUCGUAUUUGCUCGUGAGCUCGCGUGUGGCAUUGUGUCAUCAAGAGAAUUCCGAUGAUCAAACUGAGAGUUCUGACUGAUGAUGAAAACAUGCCGUGUCUCUUAUAUGUUAUGUACUGAACAAUUGUGCCAUGAAAUAAAAUUGUAUAAACAGGGCCGUGUGAAACAGGAAGGGGCACUUGUCCUUAGAUAGGAUCUUAAAAGAAACCAACGAUCAAAUGCCACGUACAUACUUGUGCGAAGACAAUGGGCGCUUACAUCGUCUUUUACUGGUGUGCCCCGGGUGACAGUUUUUAUUUUUUAUUGAUGGGUGGCAUUUCAAGGUAUUCGUAGCUGAUGUUCCUGGAUCUCUAUAUGUCAUGUGACAUGAGAACCAAGUUGAUGGUUUUUCUAAUAGACAUGUCAUAUCACUUAAACAUGAACAUUAUGGGAAAUGGUAUCAUUAUUUUUAAUUUGUUGGCACUGUGUGUAAGUUUUUUGUUGUUAUUCUUUUGAAGAGGGUUAAAUGGUAUUUAAAAACAUAUUGUUUCUUUUUAUCUAUUGACAUAUGAAGAGAUAUAGGCAUACAUAGAGAUGUUGACAUAUAUAGAGAUAUUACAACUAUAGAGAUAUCGACAAAUAUAGAUUGACAUAUAUAGAGAGAUAUUGACAUUUAUAGAGAUAUUUACAUAUAUAAAGAUAGUGAGAUAUAUAAAGAUAUUGACAUACAUUGAGAUAUUGACAUACAUUGAGAUAUUAACAUUUUUUUAAACAUGUUAUUUGUCAUAAAAUUGUGGGAACAUAUGUUUAUACCCUUUAAGUUAUUCAUUUGUGUACAUGUGCAAUCACAAUAAUGUCCAUUUAUUACAACGAAUACUAAUGUUACGACCGGUAUAUAAUUUAUUCAAUGGAUUGUGCAAUACUGUGUUUUUUUUAUAUCACAUGUGCGUAUGCAAAUAAUUAUUUUGAUGCAGAGCAACAUUUUGUUAGGUUAGACUUUUAUAGCCUACAAAGAUAAUUAUGUGACCUUUGGUUUUAUUAUUUAAAGAAAACUUUUACAAAUCUUUUAUACCCGGUAUUAUUAACUUCGCUUUUGACUUUAGUUCGUGCCUGGCUGACAAAAAUGCUCGGACGGCUAACUGACCCACUUCCCGUCAACCUAAAGAGCUGAAACUUGGCACAUACACCCGUUGCCGAUGAUAACACGACAUUCUUCAAAUGUUCAGCCCCCAUCCCCAAAAACCACCCCCAAAACUAAGUUGGUCCUGUUUCUCAAUGGGAAGAUGAAGGAAAUAGCUUGACACUGAUAACACGAAAAAAAAUAGAAAUAACGAUAACUGCGCCAAAUGAGAGUCUUGAGAAACAAAAAUAUCGCAAGUGCAUUGGGUACUUUUGUUUUUCUGAAAUAGUUGGGGCAAUCAAUCUGCGGUGCAAAAGUGGGUAGGUAAUUAGAAUAUUAAUAUAAUUCAAAAAUGGAUUUGGUGGUGGUUGGGGGGGGGGGUAUUUUAAGCCUUAAUUGCUGUUUU